AUUGCCUCUUUGUUCAUCCUCAUUCUCAUUUACUUUCCUUCAUCCUCAUUCAACAACAAAAACAAAAGUCAUGGCAACAGUUAUUCUCAUUCUUUCUUAGCUCAUCCAUUACUCCGCUCGGAAUAAAAAAAUAUUUCGUUUCCUUUUUUUUUAUAUCAGGGUCCAAGCAUUCCAUCAUAUCCUCUCUAUUCUCUUAUUCUCUUCUGACUUGAGUUUUACCUAACUGAGGACUAACCUUGAGAAACAUAAAGGAAACUCCCUAACAUGCAAUUGACAUACCCGGCUAACAAAGUCUCGACGUCUGCUCGUGCUGCGUCCUUCCUGGCUGCUUGUGCGGUUGCUCUUGUCUCUGGAACGCCCUACCUCUACUCCACCUACGCUAAUCAACUUACCUCCAAGCUCUCGCUGAAUGCAAUCCAAUCCAAUAUUGUAGGAGCCGGUGUUCACUAUGGGCUUUUCCUCUCAGGUCCGCUCUUUGGGCGCUUGGUUGAUAUCCGUGGACCAAGAGCUGCUGGAAUCUUUGCAGCAGGACUGUUGGUCGCAGGAUAUUCAGGUCUCGCUCUCACGUACUCGGGCCUGUUUAAUUCAUUCGGCUUUUUCACCGCCUUCUUUUUCCUGAUAUUCGUGGGAAUGGGAAGUCAAGCAGGCUACAUGACAGCUGUAAGCACAAAUGCUCACAAUUUCCAUUCUGCUCGAGGAAUCGCAAUGGGGGUUCCCAUUGCAUGCUUUGGUCUAUCGGCCCUCUUGUUUGCUCAGAUCAACAAUCAGUGGUUCAAGCAUGAUACUCAGGGCUUUUUGUUAUUGGUGGCCAAGUUGAUCGGAAGCGUCAUCUUGUGCUCGAUUCUGUUCCUGAGAAUCUUUCCUGGUGAAAGUGAUGAUGAUAUCGAUCCAGAAGCUGUCGCUGCCGCUACACAUCAACACCACCAUUAUCUUAACAAUGGUCAUUCUCAUCGCGACGAGGAUGAGGAUGACGAGGCAGCAGAACGUCGCAGGAGAAUCCAGGAGCAACAGAGACUUUUACCACCUAAUUCUCCUCGCCAAUCGAAUUGCAGCUCUCACUCUAGCGAAUCAACUGUGGCAGUGGGGCAGCCACAGCACGUACCUCCAUCGCCAACACAGUCGGCUUUGAGUGGUUUCAAAUUGUUCACUACAGCUCAUGUCGCAAAGCUAUUAUUCUUGAGUAUUUUGUUCCUUUCAGGACCAGGUUUGAUGUAUGUGACGAAUGCUGGCAACAUUAUCCGAUCGAUCUAUAGAGAUCGUGUGGAGGAUCCUACAGUUCCUCCUACUGAAGAAGAACUACUCAAGUUGCAACAGCUACAGAACUAUCAUGUCUCUUUGAUCAGUCUUUGUUCUUGUUUGGGUCGGAUUUCUGUUGGUUUGAUGUCGGAUGUGGGCAAGCGAGGCAACGGUCGAUGGUGGGGGAUUAACCGGAUUGGAUUCUUGCUUUAUGCGGGUGUCUGUGUCUGGUUGGGCCAGACCUUUGGAGCUGCUGUGACCGAGAUUGAGGAUCUGGCCAAGGUCUCGAUCCUUGUUGGCUUAGGUUAUGGCAGCGUUUUUGGUGUUGCACCGACGAUUGUUAGUGAGUGGUUUGGGGUCGGAAACUUUGGAACUAAUUGGGGGUGGAUUUCUGUUGGCAACGCAAUCGGAGGUCAAUUCUUCAAUCUACUUUUUGGAACGUUGUAUGAUCUAGAGGCACAGCAUGAACAAACGCUCCAAUGUUUCGGAAUUGAGUGUUUUCACACAUCGUUUGUGUUGGGAACAUGCUCAACAUUUUUAGGCGUAGCUGUACUUGCUUAUCUGACCUACAUUACUCGGCGAACAUAUUGAAAUCAAACAACUGCUUAAAACCCAUCUUUAUCCCUAUCUUUCUCAUUCUAUUAUUUCCAAAGACUACUACUAAAUAGAAAAAAAAGAAAAAAAAAAGUUGUACAUGUAAAGUAAUGUUAAAAUAAAAAAAA